GCGUGAUGUGAGGUUAUUGCCUCUAAAGAUAGCCUAAUUAGAAUACUGCAGGUCGCAGAUUUUUAGCCUUUUUGUAACUCAGCGUUUACACUUAAUCAAUAAAAUAAAUUGGAACGAUAAACAGCUGUUCACACUGAUUAAUCAUUAUUACUGAAGGAAAUGAAACUUUAUGGCACUUGAGUAUUAACUGUGCGAGCAAAUAAGGCUGUGUAAAAUCCCCUCGGAUGUUGCAGCCAAUGAAAACCACGUUGACAUUGACAGCCGAGGUGCAUCUUGGUAGCUGUAGUUCCUUCGUCGCGUGCAGCCCGUUAGCAGCGCUGUGCUCGCUGCUGUGGAGGACUACAGAGCUCUGGGUCCUGGACAGAGGCGGCUUGCGUUGACAGCGGUUGGUACUGAGCGAAGUACGGCGGCACAAAUAUCGUCCGUCUGUCUUUUAAGCAUUUAACGUUUCCAAAAGUUGCUAGUAUGCAGUCCGAAUCGGGAAUAGUUCCCGACUUCGAGGUUGGAGAGGAGUUUCAAGAGGAACCUAAAACGUAUUACGAAUUGAAGAGUCAACCCUUGAAAAACAGCGGCCCGUCGGACCAGCACGGCUCCUCCAAGCCUCCGCUGAGCUCCUCGGCCAUGACAUCACGCAUCCUGCUGCGGCAACAGCUGAUGCGGGAGCAGCUUCAGGAGCAGGAGAGGCGGGAGCAGCAGAGGCAACAGGCCUCCCAGUACCCACAAACCACAGCGGCACAGACCCCUGCCAUCAAUGUCAGUGUCCCAGCCAGUUUACCACCUGCUGCCCAGGUGCCAACGGAGGUGCUCAAGGUCCAGACUCACCUGGAGAACCCAACCAAAUACCACAUCCAGCGUUCCCAGCAGCAGCAGGUGAAGCGGUACCUGGGAAAGCUUGGCUCUCAGGUGUUGAGCUUGCCCUGCCACAACCAGUCCUCUGACCACGGGGGCAUGCCGCCAGGGCCGGGCAACAGCGCGCCCAACAGCCCUAUGGCCUUACUGACCCUGAACACUAACUGCGAGAAAGAGAUGGAUGAUGUCAUUGAUGACAUUAUUAGUCUGGAGUCCAGUUACAGUGAUGAUAUCCUCAGCCUAAUGGACCCAGGACUUCAGAUGGCUAACACGAUCCCUGUGCCUGCUAACCUCAUGGACAUGUAUGGUAAUCAGGGUAUGUCCCAGCAAGGUCUGCCCAUCAGCAACUCCUGUCCUGCUAACCUGCCCAACAUCAAAAGGGAAUACUCUGUUUCACAGUCCCCAGCCAUCAUGCAUAUGCUGGAUAAGUCUGGAUCCUGUGGCAAAUUUGACAACUAUCAAAGGCCUGAAGGGUUCCCUGUGGAAGCUGAGGUAAGAGCUAUGGCAAAAGAAAGACAGAAGAAGGAUAACCAUAAUUUGAUUGAGAGAAGACGGCGGUUCAACAUCAAUGAUCGAAUCAAGGAAUUGGGAACUUUAAUUCCAAAAUCCAAUGACCCGGACAUGCGCUGGAACAAAGGCACCAUCCUGAAGGCAUCAGUGGACUACAUCAGGAAGCUACAGCGGGAACAGCUGAGGGCCAAGGAGCUGGAGAGUCGCCAGAAGAAGCUUGAGCAUGCCAAUCGACAUCUGAUGUUGAGGAUACAGGAGUUAGAGAUGCAGGCACGAGCUCACGGUCUGGCCAUCACAUCUUCAGCACUCUGCUCUGCUGAACUUGGAGCCCGGGCCAUUAAGCAGGAGACCGCUCUGGAGGACUGUCACCAGGACCUGUAUACACUCCACCCCCAUCACCAACACCACCCCGCCUGCACUCCAGAACCACCCGGCACCCUGGAGCUAAACGAAGGCCACUCUAACUUCCCUGAGGGCCACUACAGCGUUCACAGCAAGCCGGCCUCCAAACUCAACGACAUCCUCAUGGAAGACACCUUAUCACCGGUGAGAGGGGGGGACCCUUUGCUUUCGUCCGUCUCCCCAGACGCCUCAAAGGACAGCAGUCGUAAGAGCAGUGUAAGCAUGGAUGAGAAUGAGCAGGGCUGUUAGCACCCCCAACUGGAAGACACCUCACCUGCAUCUCCAACCCCUCCAUCCUGCUGCAAGUGUUCUUGGCAGUAGCUUCCACACUCCCAAGCUGCUGGAGAGGCUUUGUCAUGUUCGUGUCAUUUGUUUUUGUUGUGUUUUUUUGUUCUCCCCCACCCCUGUUUACAUGAAUUGAAUCUUUUCCAUUCAUGUUUUGUUUGUUAGGUCUUUUGUGAUAUCUUUGUCUUUUCAAGCCCCCAACCUUGAUUUCAAGGACUGAUUAUAAAGUAUGUUUGCUUUAAUCAAUACUUUGAUGACAAUGAGUUACAAAAAUAGAAGUUUUUAUAUUUAAAAAAAAUAUGCAUUUAUCUUUGGAUAGAGGCUAGAUUAUGUUUAUUUCUAUUGAUUCCAAAGAAUCUAGGGAAGUUAUAAAACAUGGUCAGAAAUGUAGAUAUAAUGUGGUGAGAUGAACACUGCUUUUUAAAUCACUAGCAAUAAUAGAAGAAAAAAAUCUAUUUAUUACUAUAGUGCUUUACACUCCUUGUGUCUUAGAUUGAACUUGAAUGUGUCAAUGCCUUAUUAAGAUGUGUAAACAUCGAUGUUGUAUUGCUAUGCAUAUGUUUUGGCUGUUAGCUGAGUCUUUGUCAGUCUUCCAGUUGAAAUUUCUUCUUUGACAACUAUUAAUCCUUUGUAGAUUUGAUCUUAUUUAUGUAUCUAUGUAAACAUGACUUUAUGUACACAUUCCCCUCAAAAAAUGAAUUUAUAAUAAGGCAUUUAAAAGAGCCUUUUUGAAAUAACUGAGAUAUUAAUAAAUGAAAGCACAUUAAAAAAUAUGAAGCUAAAAUGUCUCCUUCAAGAUAAUUAAAAUGAACAAAAUCAGCAUUGAUAAUGGCCAAGUUUAGUAUUUUAUUCAGUCUCAUAAUGAGCAAGAAGCAGCACAACAAUCCAGUAACAAGAGAGAAAGGUUUCACCACACAGAUGCAUCCUUUAACCAUCCAGUGCUGUCUACUCAGCAGUGUGUACCAGAUAUAUUAUCCGUAUACAUUCCUCACUGCCAAAACCACUGAAAUACUUACAUUUAAGAAUUAAAUAAAAUAUUUUUUAUAAUACAGUCUCAAAACUAAUAGAAUCUUAGCCAAAAAUAGAAAUUAAAAAGCCUGUUGUAGCCCUGACACAUGCACAAGAAGCUGAUUUCACUUGAUAGAUCUGAUUGUUACAUAAUUCUGUUAAUCUUUGAUAGGUGAUUAAUGCAAGAAAGAUGAAUCAAUUCAGUUUUUAUUGUAUUCUUGUCUGUAGUGAUCAGACUAACAGAACCGCUACUAUUUCAGCAUACACAGUGUAAUACUUCAGACGUGUUGAUGCAAGUGCUCAUUUUUAUACUUGUCCAUUAAGUUCCUAAAUUAUUGUUUUUUACACCACUGUGGUGACAUUUCACAUUCAGUAUGUUUUUUUUCCAUUAUGUGAACAUUUAUAUUGCCAAGGAGUAUAAGGAGACUGCUUUGGGAUUUUUUUGAAAUGCAUGACAUUGUCAAAACACUGGAAUGACCUCUCUGUAAAAUGAAAUGUGGUUUGUUCACUUUUUUUAUCUAAGCAUAAACUAACUAUUGUAUUUGGCUUUUCAAAUGCAUACAGAAUGUUGUA